AUGGUGACAACUAAUCAGGAAGGAAUGAAAUUUGUUAAAGUUCGUGUGCGAAGUACCCGUAUACCUCAAAUGGGAGAUAAAUUCGCGAGUCGUCAUGGUCAAAAGGGUACUAUUGGCGUCACAUAUCGCCAGGAGGAUAUGCCAUUUACUGCAGACGGAAUCACACCGGAUUUAAUCAUAAACCCGCAUGCUAUUCCGAGUCGUAUGACGAUAGGUCAUUUGGUUGAAUGUCUGCUAGGAAAGGUCUCUACCCUAACAGGUAGUGAGGGUGAUGCGACACCGUUCACAGACGUGACUGUCGAAGCAAUCUCGGCUGGUCUCAGGGAGCAGGGUUACCAGUCCCGAGGCUUCGAAGUCAUGUACAAUGGACACACGGGUCGCAAGCUCUCGGCCCAAAUAUUUUUGGGCCCUACCUAUUAUCAGCGUCUCAAGCAUAUGGUAGACGACAAGAUUCAUUCACGGGCGAGAGGACCCGUACAGAUUCUUACAAGGCAGCCAGUAGAAGGACGGAGUCGCGACGGUGGAUUACGUUUUGGAGAAAUGGAACGAGACUGUAUGAUUUCGCACGGUACAGCCAUGUUCCUCAAGGAACGGCUUUUUGACGCGUCUGAUGCAUACCGCAUACAUGUCUGUGACAUUUGCGGAUUGAUGGCUAUAGCAAACUUAAAAAAGAAUACUUUUGAAUGUAAAGCUUGUAAGAAUACUACACAGAUAUCGCAAGUCCACAUUCCAUAUGCAUUAAUGGUGGUUACUCUUAUUGAAAUUGUGGGAAGAUAA